CUCCAGCUCCCAGAGGGACCGGCGGCGCCAGCGACAGCAGCACUCGCUUGGCGGGGGAAGAGAGCGAGUGAUCAAUCAAGGAAAGGAAGAUGGUGGUGGAGCGAACGGCGUGGUUCCCCUGUGAGGCAGCGACUGUACCCGUCGACCCACAACGUAGAGGCGCCGCUCGGUCAGAAACCGUCUCCUGAUAACCGCUCGAUUUAGCCAUGCCCCGAUCACGCCGGGGAGAAGGAUCCCGCCGAGGCGGGCGAGGUGCUCGUAGCAACCCCAAGAUGGAGUCUCCAGCAAGUGAUGAUGAAGCAGCUAGUGAAGUGCUCAGUCAUUACAGCAGUGCCAGUGAAAGUGCCAGUAUAGCUGAGGAAGUGACUGGAGGGGAAGCAGUAGAUGAGCAAGCACAGCAAGAGGAAAUGGAAGAUAAAUUAAAAGAAUGCAUCGACAAUGUGAUGGACAAAAGUGCCAAGACCCGGCAGGUUGCCCUAGAGAGCCUGCGGCUAGCAUUCUCCUCCAAGACGCUCUUUGACUUCCUGUUGGAACGCAGGCUUACCGUCACGGAUUCCUUAGAGAAGUGCCUGAAGAAAGGUAAAGGGGAGGAGCAGGCCCUUGCUGCUACCGUUCUUACACUACUGUGCCUUCAGAUGGGCUCAGGGCCAGAAGGGGAAGAGAUCUUCCGCAGCCUGAAGCCACUCCUCAUCACCAUCCUGACUGACUCCUCGGCCAGCCCCGUUGCUCGGCAGAGUUGCGCAACUGCUCUUGGGAUGUGCUGCUAUAUUGCUGCUGCGGAUAUUGAGGACCUGGUAUCCUGUCUGGUCUGCCUGGAAGGUAUCUUUGGCACUUCAUGCAGCAAGGAUGCCAGCUUGGCACCCUCCCACCACAGUCCUCUGGUCCAGAUCUUGCAUUGCAAUGCACUUCAGUCUUGGUCGCUGCUCCUCACCAUCUGUCCAGGCACCCAGAUUAAGAAGAUCCUGGAUGAACAUUUACCUAAACUGCCUCUGAUGCUCUCCAGUGAUAAUGUCAACCUGCGGAUUGUGGCAGGUGAAACAAUUGCACUUCUAUUUGAACUGGCCCGAGACAUAGAGGAGGACUUCUUUUAUGAGGAUACUGACCUGCUGUGCACCAAACUAAAAGCCUUGGCCACUGACAGCAACAAGUAUCGAGCCAAAACAGACCGACGCAAGCAACGCUCCAUCUUCCGCGAUGUCCUGCAUUAUAUUGAGAAUGGGGAGUGCCAUGAGGAGACCAUCAAGUUUGGACUGGAGUGCAUGUAUGUGGACAGCUGGGCAAGGAGAAGAACAUACAAUGCCUUCAAAGAGGCUCUUGGUUCUGGUGUCAGACACCACCUGCAGAACAAUGAGCUGUUACGGGACACAUUUGAGCUGGGACCGCCACUAGUCCUGGAUGCAGCCACUGUUAAAGCCAGUAAGAUCUCACGCUUUGAGAAGCACCUGUAUAAUUCUGCUGCCUUCAAAGCCCGAACGAAAGCAAGGAGCCGUGUUCGAGAUAAGCGAGCUGACGUCCUCUGAGGGCUUGUUUCCUUCUCCCCUUCCUGCCUUCCAUAGAAGCCAAUGAACUACGACAGACCUGGACCACUGUGAACUUUGCAAGUGUGGAGAGAUCCUGAGGCAGAAGCCCCCACAUGGCCUCGACCCAUUGAAAAAUUGGGCUUGGGCUCUGUCCCCCUCAACAACAACCCCCCCCCCCACUUUCUUUGGGGGCUUUUAUAUAUGUACAGAAUAAUAUUUAAAUGUCUUGGAUGUUUGAAUUAUGGUGGGAUGACAAUGGGCAGGCGCCAUUUUUAUUUUUUUAACCAAAAAUUUAAGCGAGGUUAGGUGGUAGGGAGAUUCUUCUCUCACCCCUGCUGCUUUUUUUAAGCCAGUAAUUUUUUAACCCCCUUUCCCCCUAUCUCCAUUACUGAAUGUAUUAAUCAAAGACUGAAUCUUCUCCCUUUGCCUCCUGCAGUUGUGAAUUUUCCCAGUGAGGACUUUGGUGCAGAAGGUAGUUUUAUGAUAAGGUUAUCAACAGCAGCUUCCAAAAUGGAGGCUGCAGAAGGAUUGGUUUGAGGUUGGGUGCCUUGGGAUUUUCCCCUCUGGUGUUGAAGGUAUUUUGCUGUGAGAAGGAUGAAAUGUACUUUAGAGAUCAGUGUAGAUGAUUAAAAGUUAGGCUUGAUAGCACAUGAAGAAGUUAUACCUCUUCUCUAUUGACACAGUUGGUUAACAUUGUUGGCCAAAUUCUUAUAUCCUAUUUAUCACCACUUGUCAUUUUCUUCCUGCUCUUUGGGAGUCAGCUUUGUUCCUCACUUAUUUAUUUAUUUUUAAUGGGGAACUGCUCUAUUUCGAUGACAAAAGGAGAAGUCAAACAAAGCUGGGCUUCAGGCUGAAAAGAGUCUUUUCCUUGUGUUUGGGGUUUUUGGUAGGCCUGAGCAUUCCUCUUUUCUCCACAUAGGACGAAUCGACCCUGUUGUGAGGAAGUUCUGUGGUUUGUGGUCUGGUAAAAAAAAAAUAGGCCUUUGACACCAUAA